GUAUGGAGGGUCGACACGCGUCCGCGCGCGAGCACGAGGUCCCCGCGUGGACGCCGAUAUAAAACAGAAGCGCCAAGUGGAGACAAUGUAAAGAGGAUUUGGUUGUAAGGACUGAGAGGCCGGCGGAGAGCAUCCAGAAAUGAAUAGAGUCACUAGAACCCACAUGACCUCGUCCAUGUACUUCCCGAGCAUGGGCACAGCCCCUUUCUUUAAGGUGACUGUGUUUGAGCAGGAGUAUUUUCAGGGCAGGUGCCUGGAGUUCACCUCCGAGUGCUGCAACAUCCACGACUGUGGCAUGGACAACAUCCGCUCCAUCCGAGUGGAGAGUGGAGCUUGGGUGGGUUUCGAGCACCAUGACUUCCAGGGCCAGCAAUUCAUCCUGGAGAGGGGCGAGUACCCCAACUGGGAUGCCUACAGCGGCUCUCUGUCCUACCACACCGAGCGCUUCAUGUCCUUUCGUCCCAUCUACUGCGCUUCUCACCACAGCAGCCGUAUGAUGAUCUUUGAGAGGGAGAACUUCAUGGGCCGCAGCACCGAGCUGUGUGAUGACUACCCCUCCCUGCAGGCCAUGGGCUGGUUUAUGCCUGAGGUGGGCUCCAUGCAUGUGCAGUGUGGAGCCUUUGUGUGCUAUGAGUACCCAGGCUACAGAGGCCAGCAGUACAUCAUGGAGUGUGAAAGACACAGUGGAGACUACCAGCACUGGAGGAACUGGGGCUCCCACUGCCAGACUCCAAAGAUCCAGUCCAUCAGGCGCAUCAGGCACUGAGAAGACCAGGACAGCCAUCAGUAACGGCUCAGGCUAACACCUGGACACUGUGCUUUGGGGGCCUGACUGAGCCAAAGCCUGAGCUUCACAUUUCAUUCAGAGUUUAAGGCUUCAUUUGUCAGGACCACGACUAUAACACAAACCAUAAGUGCCGUAGCAGCUACCUCUUUAUCCCAGCUCAUAUUCAUAUUUCUGUUAAUACUCAUUUUGUCCUAGUACAAGUGAAAUAAAAUUCAGACUGAGAACGUGAGA